AUGAGACUGGCCAACAUCGUACCACCCGUUCCGCCCCUGGGCACCACCUACUUCGCUCAGGACACGUCGUCGUCGUGCCUGUGUUCUGGGAUACCACAUGGGCCGCGCCGGGCCUCCCCGGCUCGCCGAAAAAUGGGGACAAGCCCACCGCCAAGUUUCAACGGCACCUCGGGGCUCAACCUGGUGGAGGCCACCGUGGUCAUGCCGAGGCCGGUUAUUCCGCAGGACCCUCACUCGGAGCCGGCGAUCGCUACCGGUCAGUACACGGCGUACGUGUGGGUCGGCCCGGAUGGCAAUGUGACAGACAUCACGUCGCCUAUGCCAAACACAACUCGCGGCCUCUGGUAG